AUGGCUGCACUGUUAUGCAGUGAUUGCCCAGAUCAGUUGCUCUGGCACACAAAAGGCCUUGUUCGCCACGGCGGAUCUUUGGAUCAAGCUCGGUUUGCUCAAGAUCUGGGCAUAGCCGUUGCUCAGGCCUGUGGUUGCAAAACCAAUGGCAUUACGAAGCUAGAGGAAAUUGAUUUUGAGUCUUCGCAGGCCGUGUGA